AUGGGUUGCUCACCACUUAGACCUAUGAAUACGGCUGAGUUUCUUCUUGAUCUUGCAAACGGAAACAUGAAUGACAAAUCAAUUUCUUUGAUUUUGGAAGACAAAUUCUCACCCACAAAUUCAAGAGAAAGACCAUCAUCACUUGAAGCCCAUGAGGCAGGAUUGCUAAAUAUGGUUGAAUUUGUUGGGAAUGAUAAUGAGGAUGUAAUUGAGGAUGUAAUUGAGGAAGUACACAUUACGGAUGAUGAAGAAGAAAAUGGAGCCGAUGAUGAUGUAGUGAGUCCUCCAUUUGUUGGGAUGGUAUUCCAGAGUUGGGAAGAAGUGGAUACGUACUACAAAAGGCGUCGGGUUGAGGGGAAAAGGGUUUACUCAACUAGGGAUGAGCUUGGAACCAAAAGGUCAAAGAAAUGUGAUUGCCCUGUUCUAAUGUAUUGCAACAGGACCAAGGAUGGGGAAUGGGUGGUUAAAAGGGCAGUUAAUGAGCAUAAGAACCAUUGUCCAACACCGAGGAAAUCUAGGUAUGUUCCUAGGUAUCGACAGGAAGACAUCACCUCUCUUGUAAAGAGGAAGUUGUUUAAUGACUACAACUCGGGUGCUAACGUUCCUCAGAUGUUUAACUGUCUAGCUAGCGAGAGGAAUGGAGUUGAGAACGUGACAUUCACCAAAAAAGAUCUUCAAAACAUCAUUGCUAGGGAUAAGGCAGAAAAGAUGAAGGAGGGAGAUUGGAAUGCAAUGUGGAAGAGUAGAGCUGCUUACGAAGAGUUUGGAGAUGUUGUAGUGUUUGACUCCACCUACUUAACAAACGAGUAUGACUUGCCAUUUUCUAACUUUGUUGGGGUUAAUCACCAUGGUCAAACCAUUCUGCUUGGGUGUGCAUUGUUAUCCCAUGAAGAUUCAGAGACCUUUGAAUGGUUAUUUACCGAGUGGUUGUCAUGUAUGUCUAACAAAAAACCCAUUGGUUUUCUUACUGACCAAGACGCUGCCAUGAGGAAGGCCCUACGAGAAGUAAUGCCUGAUGUCCGACAUCGAUGGUGCUUGUGGCACAUACUUACCAAGUUCAGUCACAAACUUGGAAAAUACAAUGACUAUGAGCUGUUCAAAGUUGAGCUUCAUAAUGUGAUUUACAACAGCCUUACCAAGAAUGAAUUUGAAGUGCAAUGGACUGAUGUAAUCAAGAAGUAUAAACUGGAGGGUGAGAUUUGGCUUGCAGGAUUAUACCAUGGAAGGGAAAUGUGGGUGCCUGCAUUUAUGAACGGGAUGUUUUGGGCUGGAAUGAAGAGCACUCAAAGAUCCGAAAGCAUAAACAGGUUCUUUGAUGGGUUCGUUGAUAAGCACACUCGAUUGUUUGAGUUUGCUCCAUUUUAUAUUAAAGCAGUGGAAUCUAGAGCUAACGAUGAGCAACAGGCUGAUGCAGCUGACCAAAGGGCAGUUCGCCCGUUGGCCACCCAAUUUAGUGUUGAGAGAGCCUUUAGAAAGGUGUACACAGAUGCAAAAUUCCUCGAGGUUCAAGAGCAGUGCAAUCGUGUACUGUACCUUACUUCUCUUGAGACUACUAUGGUGUCAGCUGAAGUUGCACAUCAUAAGCUGGAGGACAGAGUGUGGGUGUUGUGUAAGGAAACCCGCAAGGAAUUUUCAACAAAGUACAGGCGGAAUUAUAUCGUGCAGAUAAAUUUGGAGACUAAAUUGGCGGAGUGCGAAUGCAAGCUGUUUGAAAGUGACGGUAUACUUUGCAGGCACAUUAUAAAAGUGUAUGACAUGCAUGACAUUCAAGAUGUCCCAGAUGUUUAUAUUCUUCGUAGAUGGAGGAAAGAUGUGUCAAGGAAGCACUCGCGCGUGAAGGUGGUGUACCAUGAUCCAAGUAAGACCGAAGAUGUCAUGAAGCAUGAUAAAUUAAUGCUAGCAUACGAGCCAAUCAGUUUGAAGGCGUCAACGAAUCCCGAGUGCAUUAAAAUCGUGAUGGAUACAUUGAAGGUGUUGGAGAAGCGGUUGGAUCAACAGUUGAUUGGUGUGGAAGAUAUGGAUGCUGAUGAGACACAGGAUGAUGUUGGUACUCCUGGUUUGUCUCAAACCAACAAGAAGAGGGCAACUACUCCAAAAUCUGUUACCAAUGGGUGCAGUCAAACCAAAAACAAGAGGACCACCAAAAGUACCCCUAAGUCUGUGAACAAACGAAACAAAUGUGCAACACCUCCUGAUAACGUCAUGGUGAAUGAUCCUGUGGGCGCUGAUGAAGUUGAGUUGACACACACUUCUGCUGGGGGUAUUGAGAUGUUAUCUCAAGAUGGGUCAGUUGGGUAUUUCACCAGCAUAGUUGGAGGAGAUGAUGGACUUGACAUUGUUGGUGAUGUUGGUGAUGUUGGUGAUGAUGGACUUGGACUUGACAAUGUUGAUGAUCUUUUAUGCAGAAAUUUUCUUGGGUGGGAUAAGUGA